AUGGGAUCCCAGCUCAUCGACGAGGCCUCCGUCCUCGCGCAGUUCGACGCCCUCGUGCGUAAGGGGACGGUCCUCUACAGCGACGACCUGAAAAAGAUUCACCACCAAGAUGGCGGCUUCGAGUUCGAAUUCCGCCUCACAUCAGCCUUGAAAACCAAACCCGCCGCCGUCUUCGACAACUCGGAGCUCGACACCGCUACCACACCGCCAAAGUCACCCUCGCCCUCACCCGCCAACGCCAUGGAGCUCGACGCAGAGGGGCAGAUCCCCGGCGGCGACAUCUCCGUCGCGGGCUUCGUCAUCUCCCCCGUCAACAACACGCACGUGCUCAUGUUCAACAAAUUCUGCGCCUACAGGCCGCACCUGAUCCUCCUCACGGCAAACGGCUACCGGCGACAGUUCGAGCCGUUGGGGAGGGAGGAUUUAGAGGCCGCGAGGGAUGUGCUCCGCGGGCUGAAUUCGAAGGGGGGAAGUGAGUAUCUUGUGAUUUUCAAUUGCGGGAGGGACGGCGGGUGUUCAAGGCUGCAUAAGCAUAUGCAGGUCAUACCCACCCCGUCGGAUUUCCGGCUGUGGCCUGAUGAGGAGGCGUUAGAGGCCGCGGUGCCGUAUGAGUACCUCCUCAAGAGGUUCGAGAACGGGUUUCCCGGGGGGGAGGAGGUAGCUGGGAUGUAUGGCGAGAUGCUCCGCGCGGCGACGGCGCUUGUGCCCGGGCGGGAGGAGGUUGUGGAGGAGGACGGGGUUGCGGUGCCGCAUAAUGUGGUCCUGAGCGAGCGGUGGAUGGUGGUUGUGCCGCGGACGAAGAUGGAUGUGGACGGGGGCGGGGUGAAUGCGGCGGGGAUGUUGGGGAUGGUGUGGGCUUCGGGGGAGGAGACGUAUGAGCGGUGGAUGGGGAUGGGGCCGCGUGAGGUGUUGGCGGAGGUUGGUGUGAGGAAGAGGUAG